CCGCGCGUCGACGACCGCGCCGCGAGUGCGGAUAUUGGCGCCCUCAGCCGCCCAGAGAAGCCUUCCGUGUCGUUGUUCUUUUUCUUUUUUAAAGCCUCAGUUUCCUCCCUCCCACGAAGCGUGCUUUUACUUUCGGAUAAAGGAGGAGAUUAAGACCCUCGAGUGAGGGCGGAAGAUGGAGAAAGGUUCCCGGGUCUCCGACAGUGACAGUGAUGAAACAGUGAUUGAGGGGUCAGUGACAGAGAACGAACUGGAGGACGAGGAGCUGCCCUGGAGAAGCUUGUUCUUGAAUCAAGACACAACUUACAGAUUUGAGUCCUGUCUUCCUUCUGGUAUAAAUGGAAUAUGCAAAGGCAUGCCUUCUCCUGAGAUUCAUCUUGGGUCCAAACAGAGAAAGGACUACGAAGAACAAAAGGAUAAAGAUGAGGCAUUGUUGACUGUUAGUGAGGACCCAGUAUUACAGGAUCUUCCAGAUGAAACAACACAAAAUCAAGUUCUGUUACAAACUAGAGAGGAAUUACCAGCAUUCACUGUGUCAUUUCCUCACCCUGAACUUUCAUGGAGCCACCAAAACACUGAAGGGCCUGAAGCUGAAAAUUGUGAAAAUUUGCCAAACCCAGAAAAGGAACUAAAUGAAAACAUAGAUUCCCCUGAAAUUAGUCUUCUCUCAGGUACUUCUCUUAUGGCAUCUGAUUUGGUUGCACUAAAGGAGAAAUCAUUACCAGAGCCAGUGAAGACCUUAGCAGUAACAUUUUCUGAGCCUGGAGAGGAAGUAACACUGACCAUGACAUCUAAAGAAACCAAAGAUGAAGAAAAAUCUCUUGAAACAUUUGUGUCUGCUUUAGAAAGGUUACUAGAAUCAUCAGGAGACACCCAAGAGGAAACCCUUCUUGAAAUAAUGAAUGACUUCAAUUCUCAAGAUUUGUUGAACCCAUUGAGCAACUCCUUGAGUUCUGUGUCAGGCCAUUUGAAUGCCUUGUCAGCGUGUUAUAAAGAUGUACAAGAAAACAUGAAGGCUGUUGCUGCGCUGCCAGCUGACUUCCUGGCAACCGACAACACAUUACUGGGUACUGGUGUAGAACCUCUCUGUCAAGGACAAGAGAAAAGCAGCUGUGUUAGUGGUGGAAAUGAAUGUUUACAAGUGCAGCCCACUAUGUCUCAGAUAGAUGAAGAUUGCACACAGAUAGACCAGACUUUAGAAGAUGCAAAACUAUUUACGUUGCAAACAUUGACUCAUGAAAAUGCCACCUCUUAUGAGCAACUAAACAAUAAGGGAAAUUCAGAUCUCAUGAAAAAUGCCUCCGUCCAGGAAACACCUCAAGUACUAAGAAGAUCAUCUAGACUGGAAAAACUGAAAGCAAGCAGAGAUGUGAUGGUAACAGUUGACAUAUUGAAGAUGCCAGAAAAGAUUUCAUCUAAAACAUUUAGCUAUGAGGAUCAAAUGGAUAGCACAUUUACAACUGAGAAUUUCAGUAACAGGAAGAAUAUGCGUUCAUCCAGUAUCAAGAGUGAACAUAUAAGGAAUAAGAAACAACUUAGAAUAAAAAAUGCUCACGGGAGGAGGAGCGCUGGCCCAGCAUACGUAGAAGAUGUAUUCCAGUACAAGAAACCAAAAUUAAGUUUUAAUAAUUACACUGAGUCUAUUUUUGAUGAAAAAAUUAAUGGACAGGAACCAAGACAUGUAGAAUUCAAUAAAGGAAGCAACAGUUUACUUGAAAAUAAAGAAUAUGUACAUGAACAUUGCCAGAAAAAUUCCAAUACCACAAAAUUUGGUGAUUCCAAGCCUAGGCAAUCAACUGUUAACCAAGUAGACUCUACAGAACUUAGAAGAAAUAAUCUGCACAAUGUGAAAGAUAGCAGAACUAGUGUGUCUGAAAAUAAAGGACAAACAAAUAUGCAACAUAUAAGGACUCAAGUACAUGAUACAGACUGCAAUUUAAGCCAGGCAAUAGCUAUUUCUUCUUUUGGGAGAGUGAAUAAAUUAGUUGCUCAGCAGCAGCAUACUGUCCAGACUCUUUAUGACCUUCCAGAAGAAUCAUGUGAACUUUCUACCCCAACUCUACGAAGCUUGAAAAAUGGGUUUUGUAACAGUGAGGUUUUUAAAAAGUCAAAUACACAAAUCCUGGAUUUAUCAGAUAGUCGAGAAAUGCAGUUCUUGGAAUUAGAGUCCGUUGAUCAAACUAAAACUGCUUCCUUCUCUGAACUUUCAUCAUAUAAAGAAAUAAAAUCACUACAUGUAACUACAGUUCAACAACCUCACACUAACCAAGAACAAAGCAGGAGCCCAUGUAAGUCCCCUGAAAACAAUAGCUCCGAUGAGAAAGACAAGAGCAGUAAUAAAUGGGAGAAUUCUUUCCUCUCCUUCAUAAAGGGACACUCUGCUGCCAGUGACAGUGAUAGUGAUUGCCACAGCUCUGACAAGUCUGUAAGAUCUCAAAAAGAGGGCACAGACCCCUGUCAUCAUGAAGAACGCUUGACAGAGAGAGAAGAAGUGGAUUCUCAACACUUAUCUUCUAAAAACUAUUUUUCACAGGAAAAUGAGCUAAAAGUAGGUGGCCUAACUACACAACCACAAAGGGAAGCUGUUAAUUCUUGUGAUUCAAAUAAUACACUAAUUUCUGAAAAACAUAUUCCAGUUAAUAAAAAUUGUACAUAUGGAACUUCUUUUGAUCACUCCUCUGACAAUACUGAGCAAAGUUCUAUGCCUUGUACAAGACUGCCUUCAACACAGAAAGUUUCACCAUUGAGUGUUGAAGUGGAGCUAUUAAAAGCAUUCCAGGAAAAUGUCCCAACUCUUUUAGUAAAUCAAGCUGAUACACAAAAUGUGGAAAAGAAGCAAGACACAGAAAGGGAUUAUACCGUGAAAGGCCAAAUGCCAAGUUCUUCAGAUAGCCCUUUACCCACAGCCGUUCAUUCUCAAGUAAUAGAAAUAACUAAAGCUGAGAAAAGGAAACCAGACCUCCCAGGGAUAAUGAAUAAUUCAGAUUUUCAUUCCCCUGAGAAUGUGAAUAAAGAAUCGGCCAAUGCCUUACAACUUAAUCAAGGAAAGGAAAAACCUCACAAAUCAGAUGAAGAUGUAACUAAUAAUGCCAGUAGAGCUGAAAAAAAUGUAAAAUAUUGUAAGGAGAAAAAAGAAAAGAUGGACUGUGGAACUCAAAUGCUUUGUGAUACACAAGAACACAGAAAAGACCAGAAUUUCAGAAAAACAAAAAGUUCUCUGAAAGCUCACUGCAGCCAAGGUUGGACACCCCUUCAUGAAGCAUCUAAUAAGGGAUUUGAGGAUGUAAUUAUGGAGUUAUUAAAAGCGGGUGCAAUUGUGAACUGUGAAAAUAUAGAUGGAAUUUUGCCUUUACAUGAUGCUGUGGUGGGGAAUCACUUAAAGGCAGCUGAGAUACUCCUAGAACAUGGAGCAGACCCUAAUCAGAAAGAUCAGAAACAGAGGACUGCUUUGGACGAAGCAAAAAAUGAACAAAUGAAAGAAUUACUAAAAUCUUAUGGUGCUGUUGAGACCAAUAAUGGAGAUGGUAGUAACUCUACGGUUACUGUAAAAAUUCCUGCUGUUCGGCCAAAAAGAUAUAAGCAGAGUAUUUGUAAGGAUGACAAAGCUAUUGGUUCUCCUCCCUUACAAAAGGCAAAGGGAAAUGAAAGCCUUCCUGAGCAUCAGACCAUCAGUGCCAUUCUACAAGAUAUAGAAGAAAAACAAGAAAAUUUACUAAAGUUUGAAAUAAGAAACUCUGAAGAUGCAGAACAAUACAUUGGAAGGAUGUUAGAGAUAAAAGAAGUUAUGGAUAAUAUACUUGCUCAACAGAAAACAGAAAGGGAUGAUCUAGCUAAAAAGUACAGAGUAUCCAUGGAAUCAUUUAAACACGGGGCCCUGAGAGAACAACUGGCUAACUUGGCCACGAGACAAAAGAGUCUUUUAGUUGUAGCAAAGAAACAGAAAAAGAUAAGACUGAAGAUUCAAAACUAUAAGAACGCCACAUCGCUAUCUGGCAUUAGUGUAAGGGAGCUUCCAUGUAGCUCAGACGUCUCUGGUGAGAAGAGCCAAGAGCCUCCUGGUGUGGAAAACCCAGCAUGUUCCCAGCCAGGCUCAUUUUCUCCUGACAACCUUGCUUACAGAAGCGUGCAACAAAUACCAUUGUCUCUGGAGAUACGGAGUGACAGCCAGAAUACUGACAUUUGUUUAAAUACAGAGGCAAUGAGAAGAGAAGACUUCUCUGAAAAUGAAAUGAAUUCUAAACGAAAUGUACAGGAUUGUGUCUUGGGUGGGUUAUUGAAAUUUAGGCACUCAGAUAGCCCUGAGAAAAUUACAUUAUCAUCCCAGCCUGCUGUUCUUACUCCUCAAAUAGAAAAUAUUUUUACAGAAACUACAGUCAAAGGCAAUGGAUUUGAUAGUUCUCCUUCAAUAACUGGCACUAUAAAUAUUUCAGAAGAUAAAAGUAUAUUUUCCCAAAAUGAUGCCUGUUCACCAGCUGUUCCUCAGAAUCAGGAUCUUUUACAUUGUAAUCCAAAAAGAAGAAACAAGAAAACAGCUUCCCAGCAACCAUCUGGGGGAAUAGCAGAGCCUCUGGCUCCUCAGGUGAUGGCUGUCUUGGACACUGAGACUGUGCAUCAGACAAAGCCCCAUCUUAAAAAGACAGCUUCUGUUGCUUCACAUGCAAAUAGCAUUCCAGUUUCUCCUUCCUCUGUGUCUGCCCAGCAGCAUUCUACUAAAAAGGCUUCACCAUACAGCCCAACUCCCAGAAAGAAGAAUAUGCAGCUGAAAGACUUAAUAUUAUGUGGAAGAAUUAAUCCAGGAAAUGACGUUCUGGAAUUCAAAACACAGGAGACUACCCACAAAGCCAGUAUUUUGUUGAAUGGUAAACUUAAGGUAGAAAAUGGUCAGAUUUACCAGAACCCAGUUUCCUGGCUUAAGGAUCUCCUGGGAGGUGGCAGUUUUGUGACCUGGAAUUAUGCUUGGAGUAAGGUAACAUAUUUUGGAAAGGAACUUUUGAAGUAUGUUUCUGAAGAAUCCCCUGUUUCUUCAGAACCACAUAUCACACCUCAGCAACAUCAGCCUUGCCUCCCAGGCACCUCCAGAAAGUCAAUGCAAAGCAUCCCCCAUUAUCUACAGAUAAAAGAAAUACUUCUAAUCACUGAUCAAGAGCUUCUGCCGUGCCACAUAAUGGAGCAGCAUUGGAAGUUCUAUGUGGAAGUAAGAAGCUGACAUUCUGAAGCCUUGUUUUCUUGGUAG